UAGAAGUGGUAAUGGAGGAGGAUAGUGAUCUGCUCACAGGGGCUUAGUUAGCAAGCUGUCUUUUUUCUUUUCUGUUCCCAACUGCUGUUUGUCUUGAUUUCGAGGUAGCAAAGGAACAACGUCUGAAUCAACCUAGAGGAAGUGGAGCUUCCAGUGAGUUUUGGGAUGGCAUCGGACGUUGUUUCCCAAAACCAUGGCUCCAGGGGGAUCAUGACUUUUUACCCCACUGCUGAGGAAUUCAAGAACUUCACACGCUAUAUUGCGUAUGUGGAGUCCCAGGGAGCACAUAAAGCAGGCCUGGCUAAAAUUGUCCCACCAAAGGAAUGGAAGCCUAGAGGCUCUUAUGACGAUAUAGAUGAUUUGGUGAUACCUGCACCGAUUCAGCAGGUGGUAACUGGCCAGUCGGGCCUUUUCACUCAGUACAACAUUCAGAAGAAGUCCAUGACGGUCAGGGAGUUCCGCAAGAUUGCCAACAGCGACAAAUUCUGUAGUCCACAUUAUGAUGACUUUGAGGAGUUGGAAAGGAAGUACUGGAAGAAUGUGACAUUUAACCCUCCCAUAUAUGGGGCAGAUGUUAAUGGAACUCUCUAUGACCCUGAAGUAAAAGAGUGGAACAUUUGCCACCUGGACACCAUUUUGGAUACCGUUGAACGUGAAAGCGGCAUCACUAUUGAGGGUGUUAAUACACCCUACUUGUAUUUUGGCAUGUGGAAGACCACCUUUGCAUGGCACACUGAAGACAUGGACCUCUACAGUAUCAACUACUUGCACUUUGGAGAGCCCAAAUCAUGGUACUGUGUUCCUCCAGAGCAUGGGAAAAGAUUGGAGCGUUUGGCUAAAGGGUUUUUUCCUGGUAGUUCCCAAAAUUGUGAGGCCUUUUUGAGGCACAAGAUGACCCUCAUAUCUCCUUCUAUAUUGAAGAAGUAUGGCAUUCCAUUUGACAAGAUUACUCAGGAGGCUGGCGAGUUCAUGAUAACUUUCCCAUACGCCUAUCAUGCUGGUUUCAACCAUGGUUUCAACUGUGCAGAAUCUACCAACUUUGCCACCGAGAGAUGGAUUGAGUAUGGCAAGCAAGCAGUUUUGUGCUCCUGCCGUAAAGACAUGGUGAAGAUUUCCAUGGAUGUAUUUGUAAAGAAAUUCCAGCCAGAUCGCUAUGAGACAUGGCUGGCAGGGCGAGAUGUGGGACCCAUUGAUCACUCGCGGCCCACCCCAGAGGCUAGGGAGUUCCUGGGGGAGUCCUUCAAUGACAUCACCAGCAACAGUAACUCCAUGGAGAGCUGUGGUGAGGACGGAGAGCGAAAGAGCACUACACAGAGGAUAGAGACCAAGAGACACAGAGUGUGUCUGGAGGUGCCUGAGGAGGUUGUUCCCAAGGAUGAAGAUGAGGAAAAUGCGGAACAGUAUGGGAAGCGUCCCAGGCUAAGCCUUAUACCUCCACGUACUAUGUCACAAGAUGGCAAGAGAAAUAAAGGCCCACCAAAAUUGGUUGUCACACCAACGAAGCUAACUUUAUUGGAUCCAUUUCACAGGGGCUUGACCCAAAGUAACAGUGAUGUAGGCCGCCCCCCUCAUUAUACCAAGACUCGUGCACCGGCGAUCUCGUCUCAGUCACAGCCCAGAAACGGACAUCUUUCGGUUUCAGCGGCACCUACAUGGACAGAAGCGACUGCUCAGCCUGCCCGCAAAAUGGGAGUAGCCAGCCUGCUCUUCCACAGGACUCUGAGUCCAAAAGAUACUCUUCAGGUGCACAGCUACACUCUAGAGAAGCAGCAGCAGCCUCACACUCAGCUGCAGGUGCACAGCUAUGCCAGAGAGCAUCAAUCCCGUCAUCUCCAGCACAAAACCUGUAAACAAAACCCGUCACACACACAGAUUCAGUUCUCGUCUCAGGCACCAAGCUGUGAAAAAAUGGAACCACAGCCAGAAUCCAAGAUGAUUCUUACCAAAGUAACACUGAAUGAAGCAGAAGCAGAGAGUCUUGUGCAGCCGGAGCAAAAGGUGGACAAACCGAAAAUGGCAAAGCCAGUUGAAGCUCAGGAUGAUGAAGUGGAGAAGCCCACCAGCAAGUCUGCUUCCUCUCAGACUCCGACUCAGCCAAGAGAGUUGAGCAAAACAGAGAUGGAGCCCCCCAAGAACAACAAGCGAAAGAGUAACCAAUGCCCCCUUGCGGAUAGUGGCAUAGUCAUCCUGAAAGACACCAUUCCCGUCAGGAGUCCCGUGCCUGAUGAGAUGAGGGUGAUCGCUCAGAAGCAUCACCAGGUGUCAGAAGAGCAGUCAUACUGCAAGUCAGUUGUGAAGAAGCAACAGCAGCAGGCACAGCUCUGUAAGCUGCCCCGUCAUCACCCUCUAAUCAGAGAGCUGCACAGUGACGACGAUGUGUAUGUAGACGUGGAGGUCGAACAAGAGGAGAAAGAGGAGUGGGCAAAGCCGCUAAGCCAGCUGUGGCAGUGUCGGCCGUAUAACCCUCAGGCAGAGAGAGAGUACAACAAGAGGGUGGGCCAACAGGCACCAUACUGCUCCAUCUGCCUGCUCUUCCACACUUACCAUCAGUCUGAGUCCAGUAGUGGGAGUUCCUGCGUGACAUUGGUGAACCGUCCGGGGGGCCGCCAGUGGUCCAAGCCACUUAUCCCUGAAAUGUGUUUCAACACCCAAACUAGCAAGACGAAUGAUAGCGGGGAGGGACAGCUUUCUAACCCUAAUGUAGCAGAAGACGGGACCAGCCGGCUGGUCAGCUGUGCUCAGUGCUGCGUCCGCGUACACACCAGUUGCUAUGGUGUGUCUGGGGAAGAAGCGGAGCUGGACGACUGGCUGUGCGCCCGCUGUGAGGCUGAUGCCAUCACCGAGGACUGCUGUCUAUGUUCCUUGAGAGGCGGAGCUCUACAGAAAGCCAACAAUGACAAGUGGGUUCAUGUGCUGUGUGCCAUUACUGUGCUGGAAGCUCGCUUUGUCAGCGUCACUGAGCGCGCCCCCAUUGACCUCUCUGCAAUCCCACUGCCACGGUUCAAACUGAAGUGUGCAUACUGCAGGAAACGGAUGAAGAGGGAGGUGAAGGGCUGCUGUGUACAGUGCUCCCACGGUCGCUGCUCCACUGCGUUUCACCCCACCUGCGCUCAGGCCGCUGGUGUCCUCAUGUACCCAGAUGACUGGCCGUUCAUAGUUUUCAUCACCUGCCACAGACACAGAGCGCCCAUCAUACCUGAGCGCAACAAGGAUUCCAUGCGAGAGCUGUCAGUGAAGCAGAGGGUGAUUUGUAAAUACAAAAACGGCCGUUACUACCACAGCGAGGUGGUGGAACUGACCACAGCCACCUUCUACGAGGUUGUGUUCGACGACGGGUCAUACAGCGACAACCUCUUCCCAGAGGACAUCGAGAACCGUGACUGUGUCCAGCUCGGUCCACCUGCUGAAGGCGAUGCUGUUCAAGUGCGAUGGACAGAUGGGUUGAUAUAUGGAGCCAAAUUUGUAGCAUCACACUCCAUCCCUAUGUACCUGGUGGAGUUUGAGGAUGGAUCACAAAUCUCUGUUAAGCGGGAAGAAAUCUACACUCUAGACGAGGAUCUUCCCAAACGAGUCAAGUCACGAAUGUCGGUGGCGUCAGACAUGCGCUUCGAGCUCUUCACACAGAACGACGUCAAACAGAACUCCAAAAGGCAACGGGUCAUCAAUUCCCGAUACAGAGAGGACUACAUCGAGCCCAUCAUUUACCGAGCCAUCAUGGAGUGAUGUCUAUUUCUUUCUCCUUCAGCUUUCCACCUUAUCUCAGAGAAAUGCAGCCCCAGGUCUUUGUUUCUUUGUCUGGGAUCUCUGUUUCUGGCUACUGCUCACAGGAAUGACAAACCCCCAUUUUCUUCCUCCUCCUCCUCCUCCUCCUCCUCCUCCGUCAUAUUUAUGAACUACGGCUGGGACUUGAAAUGACUUUUGUGUGCAUUGAAAAAGAUUCUUAGACCUGCAUUUUCCCAUCACACUCUGUGGAUUCUUCCUCCAUUUCAUUAUGUUUUUCUUUUUCUCAGGAAGAAGCCAUCAAUGAAUUAUUAAAUAUAGAAAAGGUUGGAUUAUCUAACUGGGGCAAGAUGUUUUGUUUUUCCUCUACCACCACAUUUAGCAGCUGUAUGGGCAGUUACAAUGGACAGUUUUUCUACUUUAGUGAUAUUCUUCUAUAAAUGACCUUUUGCUCUUGACAUGCAGUUAUUUUCAUUAUAAUUUAUCAGAAUAAAUUUUCACAAUAAAUAUUUUGCAGUGACAAAUAUAGUGCUUGGGAGUCAGGUUUUAAAGGAAGCAUUAUCUUGGUUCAGAUUUUUUUAACUCAUGAAGUUAAACAAAAGCAGAGCUGUAAACUUUGAGCCAAUCAGCUGUUGACCAUGAUAAUAAUUCAAUUCGUCAAUUUUAAUAAUCAACCCAAAGAAAUUAAAUAAUGUCUCUUUGACGCAUCUUCAGAUAGUACCUAUAACUUGCAUUACAUGGUUCAUAAGUCUCCUUAUGUGUGUCAGCGUGCGUCUACUGUGAAGAUCAGAGAAAACUAAACUUGUUUUAAUGGCCCAAGCCUUACAUUUCAAAGGGCCAAGCGUGCUUUGUUUUUUCUAAAGUUUAAGGUUUAUUAUAACUAUUGUAAUUAAUGUUAUUAUUACACUUUAUUUAUGUAAAUGCAUUGAGUUUGAGAACAAAGCUAUUUUUGUCAUGUCCUUUUCACAAUCUGUAGAAAACCUCAGAUGUAUUUAUAUUUAUUAUAUUGAAAGGUUUUCAGACAUCACCAGUCUAAAUUUUGAGACUCGCUUUUCCUGUAUUGGGAAUUGGAAGGUGUGUGAAUCUGGCUCAACUCCCACUCUAAGCAAAAAGCACUUAUUGUUACCUCUAGCCAAGGGACUUAUACCAUUUUGUAGACAGAUGGCCUCCAUUAAGUUUAGUUUUCUGUUUGUUUCUGGUACGAGCUAGUUCUAGAGGUGAACAUUGUAAUGAGGUUAUAGUUUGAUCCAAAUAAACAUAAAAGUGGUAAGAGGAUAAUUUUUACACUUGCAAGUUUUCUUUCAUGUUGAGUCCUUGAUAUCUGCUUUAAAAAGAAUUGUAAAAAGGGCGAUGUUGUGUGCAGAAACCUUUUUUGCUAUGCCCGUUCCAUGGCUGCUGUUGUCUGUUUGGUUUCAUUAGGCCUAUGUCUAAAGCAGCAUUACAUCUGUACACCCUUUGUAAACAACUGUUUGAGUAAAGUUUGGAGUAAGGAAAAUAA